CUCAGAACUUUCACCUGCUCCUCGGUAGAAAGACACAGAAGGAAGCUUCAAAAUCCCCUCGCAGCAUGGCGCCCAAGAAGGUUGAACCCAAAAAACCUGAGCCCAAAAAGCCCGAGCCCAAGAAGGAUGCAGCUCCAGCUACCAAGCCAACACCAACCCCAGAGCCCCAGCCUGAGGCUCCCAAGGAGCCGGAUUUUGAUCCCAAAAACAUCACUCUUGAGUACUCUUCUGACCAGAUUGAGGAGUUCAAGGAGGCCUUCACCCUGUUUGACCGCACACCCACUGGGGCAAUGAAGAUUACAUAUGCCCAGUGUGGGGAUGUAAUGCGGGCUCUGGGUCAAAAUCCUACCAACGCAGAUGUACUGAAAGUUCUUGGAAAGCCACGUCCAGAGGAAAUGAGCUCUAAACUGGUGGACUUUGAGACUUUCCUGCCCAUGCUUCAACAUAUCUCCCGUGCAAAAGACCAGGGGAACUUUGAGGAUUUUGUUGAAGGGCUCAGGGUUUUUGACAAAGAGGGCAAUGGCACCAUCAUGGGAGCUGAACUCCGUCAUGUGUUGGCCACCCUUGGAGAGCGGAUGACUGAGGAUGAGGUGGACAGACUCAUGGCUGGACAGGAGGACGCCAAUGGGUGCAUCAACUACGCCUCCUUUGUCAAGCAUAUCCUUUCUGGUUAGACUAGACAAUUUCUCAAGUGGGACUUCAUCUGUUUUCCAAACUUCCUGGAUCUCUGCUCAUCCUUUGUCCUUCCAGAGGUGAACAUCUUCGUUACUGUGUUGUUAUUUUGUUUGGACGAGCAGCACAUAAAGCACUAAUGAAUGUCAGUCAUAAACAUUUAAAUUUUCCUUUCAAUAAAAACAAAAUGUAUGGGGAACGAUUUUCAUAUACAAUGUGAUGCUGGUGAGGUACCACAGACAUUGAAAUGCUAUAAAUAAA